AGGGCGGCCGACCUUAACCUCAAUCUCGUUCUCCCCGCACAAACAUAACACUCAAAGAAUAACUUAUUCCCUUCUGUCAUUCUAUCUCUCCCUCGCUCGCCCUUCCAAUGGAAGAACCUCUGCGCGCAACCACCAUCUGUUGCAAUCUUCAUCUCCAUUCGCAUCUCGCUACACUCACCAAACAAAGCGUCUUUUACGAGCCCGAUUUCGAAAUACUCACCUCCGAUGGCCUUCUCAUCCCAGUUCACACCGGUAUCCUGGCAUCGGCGUCGCCGGUGUUGGAGAAUAUCAUAGAACGGCCACCUAAACAUCGGAGCUCCGAGAAAGUCAUUCCGAUUUUCGGGGUUCCUUCUGGUGCCGUUUCCUCUUUCGUUGGAUUUCUGUACACGUCCAGGUGCACGGAGGAGCAGGUAGAGAAAUACGGCAUCCACCUCCUGGCCUUAUCACACGUGUACUUGGUGCCGCAGCUGAAACAGCAAUGCACCAAGGGUUUAGGUGAACGGCUAACGAUUGAGAAUGUGGUGGACGUGCUUCAACUCGCCAGGCUCUGCGAUGCACCGGAUCUUUCCCUCAAAUGUAUGAAGUUAAUUGCAAGCAGGUUUAAGAGCGUUGAGAAGACUGAAGGGUGGAAAUUUAUGCAAGAUCACGAUCCAUGGAUGGAGCUUCAGAUUCUUCAAUUCAUGGAUGAAGCUGAAUUGAGAAGGAAGAGGACGAGAAGGCACAGAGAGGAACAGAGUUCGUAUCUACAGCUAAGUGAGGCAAUGGAUUGCCUGGAGCACAUUUGCACGGAAGGAUGCACGAUCGUGCGUCCAUAUGACAGGGAGCCCACCAAGCACAAAGGUCCUUGCAGUAAAUUCGCCACGUGUCAAGGUGUGCAACUGUUGAUCCGCCAUUUUGGGACCUGCAAGAAGAGGGUGAACGAAGGGUGCUUGCGGUGCAAGCGGCUGUGGCAGCUCCUUCGACUUCACUCAUUAAUGUGCGACCAACCUGACUCUUGCGGAGUUCCCCUUUGCAGGCAAUUCAAGUUGAGAGCACAAGGGGAGAAAAAGAGUGAUGAUGGGCGAUGGAGGCUUCUGGUGAGGAAGGUUCUAGCAGCCAGAACAAUAUCUUCUUUGUCUUUACAAAAGAGAAAGCGAAUGGAAGAAUCAAAGUUUUGAUGGAUCACAAGAGCCAUUAUAAUGUUUCAAUACUUUUUUGUUUAUAUGGGUAUGGUAAAUGAGGGUGAAUUUGUAUGCUCAGUCUUAUCACCAUUAUGAAUAAUAAUAUGUGAAAAAGUGGAAAAGGUUGCAUAAGUCAAAGAUCCUGCAGUGGGUAUGGAGUGGUGUUUGGUAAUUCUUGAUCUCUCUCUAUUGUAAUGAGGUGAGCUGUAGGGAUUAAUGUAAUUAAAAGAGCAUAGCCUUUUAUAAAUUAAUAAUCUUUUCUACCGGUUUGGU